GGAACUGUUAAAACAAUUUGAAGAUGAGAGGAAUAAUCUGCCUUGUAAUUCUAGCCAUCAGUGGUUUAGAUGCCCUUACUGUGACACAGUCUCCUGUUGAUACAGGAGUUCUCCUUGGGGAGAAUGUAACUCUCUACUGCUCUGUCACUAACAUUGGAGCGGGAGAGACUGUAAUAUGGAAGAAGAGCACUAAACACUCGAUACGUUUGCUGUUUUCUGUGUUCCGUGAGCUGUUGCGUCCACUUUAUUAUGUUCUCUAUCCUCUCUGUGCACUGCUUCUAGGCUUAGAUGCUAUUACUGUGACCAGAACCCCAGUUAACACAGGGGUGCUUAUAGGGGAAAAUGCAACACUGUAUUGUACAGUCACUAACAUAGGUCCAGGGGAAAGUUUGAUCUGGAAAAAGACACCAUUGGUUAUUGGUCUUGAUGGUUCAUCCACCAAUACUGCAAAGUAUGCUAUCAUUGGCCAAUACAAUGUAGUUGUGAUGAAUGCACAAAUUGCUGAUGAGGGACAGUUUGAAUGUGAGGCUGGUGGUAACCAAUACAGCAUCAUGCUCUCUGUUGGAGAUGUACCCACUGGACUAUCAAUUUACUGGGGAGCUAACCUGAACACCCCCAUUAUGAAUGCGGCCAAUAACUUGACCUGCCAAAGCACCAACAGCCGACCCCCAGCAACAUUCAAGUGGUACAAGGGAACCACAGAUGUCACUAGCCAGGCUUUGACCUUAAAUGGAACUGUCAACUCAAAUGGUUAUGGAGAUUCAUACAGUUAUCUUGAGGUGACCCCCACAUCCAGCAACUCAGGUGAUGUGUACAGGUGUGAGGCCAGUGUACCAGGCAGAGACAAUGCUCUCAAUGAGACUAUGACUCUCUCUGGAGGUGCUGCAGAUGUCGCUCAUAGUCUAACAAUGAUGGCAGCUGCAAUUCUAGGAUCUUUUGUUCUAUCCAGCUAUGCUCACUAGUCAUGCCCAAAAGCAUCAUAAACACUUAGACUUCAUCAGACCAUGGAAUUGACAUUGGACCGAGGAAAUGCUGGAGUUUCUGCAUUACAAUCUAACACUACGUGUGUUCAGCAAAAAGGACCAAGACAUUAGAAUUGGAAAGUUAAGAGAAAAGACUCUGUUAUGAAUUUUAGAAGUAUUAUGUAUAGUGUAAUUACAAAAUCUGAUUCAUGGACAUCUGAUAUUUGCUCAUUUAGUAAACAGCUGAAUGUUGAUAUUUUCAUUUUUAUAAAUUUUAAAUGUUU